AUGGGGAAGAAUGAGAAAACGGGGCUGGGUAGGGCUCUGGUGAGACAACACAACCAGAUGGUUCAGCAGACGAAAGAGAAAGGCCUCAUGUACAAGAAGCAGCAGAAGAAGGUUCUCGAAUCUGUCACCGAAGUCAGCGAUAUAGACGCCAUCAUCGAACAAGCCGACGAGGCCGACCGCCUUUUCUCCAUCAACAACCCAACCCCAAACCUCCUCAUCGACUUGGAUGGAAAUGAGAUAAGCCCAGAGCAGAGAAGGGAGCAGCAGAGGAAAGAGGAGGCCUUGCAUGCCGGGAGUCUGCGGGUCCCACGGAGGCCUCCGUGGACCCCUGAAAUGUCUGUGGAGCAGCUAGAUGCCAACGAAAGCCAGGCCUUCUUGACCUGGCGCAGAAGCCUUGCGCGGCUUGAGGAGAACGACAAGCUUCUUCUUACUCCUUUCGAGAAGAACCUCGAUAUUUGGAGGCAGCUAUGGCGGGUCGUUGAGCGAAGCGAUUUGCUUGUGAUGGUUGUUGAUGCACGAGACCCUCUGUUCUAUCGCUGCCCUGAUCUUGAGGUAUAUGCACGAGAGGUUGAUGAGCACAAAAGGACAAUGCUGCUCGUUAACAAAGCAGAUCUCUUACCUUUAUCUGUUAGAGAGAAGUGGGCAACAUAUUUUCGUGCACAAGAUAUUCUCUUUGUGUUUUGGUCAGCUAAAGCUGCUUCAGCUGCUGCAGAGGGGAAAGAUCUCAGUUCCUCGUGGAAGACAGAAAACAGCCUGCAAGAAUCAGAAGACCCUGAUACAAAAAUAUAUGGGAGGAUUGAGCUUUUGACUCGUUUACAGUCUGAGGCAGAAGAGAUAGUCAAACUGAGGAGGAAAUCAGGAUCCAGUGGUAUAGGCAUAGGCUCACCCAGGAUUCGUUUUCAAGGAAAUUCAGCUUCGAGUAAUGUAGUUGUGGGAUUUGUUGGUUAUCCAAACGUGGGAAAGAGCUCGACAAUUAAUGCCUUGGUAGGCCAGAAGAAGACAGGUGUUACCUCUACUCCUGGGAAGACAAAGCAUUUCCAAACAUUGAUUAUGUCUGAUGAGUUAACCCUAUGUGACUGCCCUGGAUUAGUUUUUCCAUCCUUUUCAAGCUCAAGACAUGAGAUGAUUGCCUCUGGUGUAUUGCCAAUUGACCGAAUGACUGAGAAUAGGGAGGCUGUGCAGGUAGUGGCAAAUCGAGUUCCCAGACAUGUUAUUGAAGAAGUUUACAGGAUUGAUCUGCCAAAACCCAAAUCAUAUGAACUGCAGUCUCGGCCACCUCUGGCAGCAGAGUUUAUGAGGGCCUACUGUGCCUCUCGUGGGUAUGUUGCCUCAAGUGGGCUCCCUGAUGAAACGAGAGCUGCACGCCAAAUUUUGAAGGAUUACAUUGAUGGGAAGCUGCCCCAUUACCAAAUGCCUCCUGGAAUGACUGAUGAAGAAGAUGUUGUGGAACACAGCUUGUCUGAACAGCAUGAAUCGGACGCCUCUGAUAACGAAAACCCUGCAGAUGCUGAAGGUGAAAACGUACCGGAGCUUGAUCAUGCUCUGGAUGAUCUCAAUUCAUUUGACAUAGCUAAUGGGCUUGCUACCAAGAAGAAAGUCACUGUCAAGAAGCCCACUGCGUCUCAUAAACAACACAAAAAGCCUCAAAGGAAAAAGGAUCGCACCUGGAGAGUCGGGAAUGAUGGUGGUGAUGGAAUGCCAGUAGCAAGAUGCAAUUAUGGAAAUAAAGUGCCGGAAUGUUUUGUUGAAAAAAAAAUACAAUAUAACUGA